UCAGGAAGUGCCACUGUUUGAGAUUUAUCAUAAGUUGUGAACUUGAGCAGAUAUAAGGUCUUAAUCGUAUAGAUUACCGUUUACAUGGGCUGAGUUAUCAACAUAGUUAUGGAAGCCCGGAUAAUAUUUGCAAUAAAGACGACGCAUUGAUUGAAUGUGUCGUCUUUUGCGAGGUGAGCUAAGUUGCUUAGCCACCUAGCUGAAAAUUUGGUGACACUUCAGUCACUUGCGAAACCUGUUUUUAGUUUCAAGCUAUGGAUAUAGUAAACCAAAUACGGAAACUGGUUUGUGUGGACUGCUAGAAUGAAUGGAUGCUUGCGUACACCAACGCCAGAUAGCGGACUUUAGCAACCUUUUGCAGAGCUACAUUUUCCAGGUCCUGGUACCAGUUUUCUUCGACUUUGACGGGUAUCCCUCUUAGAAAACCCUGAAAGUGGAACCGAAUCCUGCCAACCUGAAAAGAUGGCUUCGGGCUCUGCGCGCCUGAAGUACCUGUCUCUAGGUGUGCUGGUCUUCCAGACUACGUCGCUGGUGCUGACCAUGCGCUACUCCCGCACUCUGCAAGGGGAUGGACCGCGAUACCUGGCCUCCUCCGCCGUGGUGACUGCUGAACUGCUGAAAAUCAUCGCUUGUGUCAUGCUGGUCUUCAAAGAGCACAGUUACAGUAUGCGUGCCCUGAACAGUCUGUUGAGGCAGGAGAUUGUCCAGAAGCCAGUGGAGACCCUGAAGCUGGCCAUCCCCUCUGGCAUCUACACGCUACAGAACAACCUGCUCUAUGUGGCCCUCUCCAACCUGGACGCCGCCACCUAUCAGGUGACGUAUCAGCUGAAGAUCCUGACCACGGCUCUGUUCUCAGUGUCCAUGCUGGGCCGUAAGCUGGGCGUGUACCAGUGGCUGUCCCUGCUCAUCCUCAUGGGAGGGGUGGCACUAGUGCAGUGGCCAAGUGAGUCCCCAGCGGAGAGCAAGCAGGAGCAGGAGGCGUCGUCGGGGUCCCCCCUGGUGGGCCUGGUGGCCGUGCUGGUGGCCUGCUGCUCCAGUGGCUUCGCGGGGGUCUACUUCGAGAAGAUCCUCAAGGAGAGCAAGCAGAGCGUCUGGGUCAGGAACAUCCAGCUCGGGAUGUUUGGUCUGGUGUUUGGCUUGAUGGGCAUGCUGGUGUAUGAUGGUGAGCGGGUGAGGGAGCAUGGGAUGUUCCAGGGCUACAACACCAUCACCUGCGUUGUGGUGGCUCUGCAGGCUCUCGGGGGACUGGUAAUAGCUGCUGUAAUCAAAUAUGCAGACAACAUCUUAAAGGGUUUCGCCACCUCGCUCUCAAUCAUCCUCUCCACACUCAUCUCCUACUUCUGGCUGGAGGACUUUGUGCCCACCAGUGUCUUCUUCAUGGGAGCCGUGCUGGUGAUCGUGGCUACCUUCUUGUAUGGCUAUGAGGGUAAGCCUGCCUCCAACCCCAGCAGGGCAUGAGGCAAAGGGGAGGACAGGAGUCCAGGAGGGCAGGACAGGCGCACACCAAAGGACUAGCUCACCAGCUCUGCUGCCAACUGACUUACUGACUUGACUUGACUGUUGGGAGGAGCGGUGUGCAAAAGGGAAAAGGGAGCGAGGACCCUAUGGGGGCCACAGAGGAAGAGGAUGAAGAGGGAGAUGAGAACAUGAAUAAAGCUGAAGACAUAUUGGCAGCACACACACACACACACACACAUGCACACACACACACACAAACGUAUGUACGGACACACACACGCAUACAUUGGAGAUGGAAAGUGAUGGCUAGCCACCCCUGCCACACCCCCUCUCGGGGACAUCCAUAGUCCCCACAGCCCAGCUGGAGAAACACCAGAGGACACUGGGGAUGAUGAUCUAUUGGUCUCUCAGCAUAUGAGCUGAGAUUUCGUGUGUAGGGAAAGCCAUUGACUUGGUGAUGCUUCUGGAGAUUGUCCUGCAGCCUUACCUACUUAGAGCCACAUUGACAUGGAUUUAUGUAUAAAUUAUACAUAAAUUAUAUAUCAUAUUAUUAAUUUAUAUAUAAAUUAUAUAAAUGUCUAUAGGUGGAAAACUGACAGGGUUGUCAUUGCCAAACCAAACUCUCAAAGCAAACAAUGGUUUGUUUUUGAAGGCUAGUAGUGGGUAUAAUUUCUCUUUUAAAAUUAAAUUUAAUCUGCGCUGGGGAAGGGUGCAGCUUCAAUGGCUAUUUAAUUUUUAAAGAUUUACAGAUUAUUGUGGCUCAGGUCGUUGGCUUUUCUGGCAUUUCACAGAGGAGAGGGUCAUGUGGAUGGUGGAUUCCAUGUGGGGAGAAAACAAUCGGUUGAAAACCUGGAUGAAUGAAGGAGUGUGUGUCUAAAAGUUUACUCUUUAAAAAAAAAUACUAUGGUCACUCAGAUACACUGUUAUUAUCUCUCUCACACAUUGUGUGGGAAACUCCUGAUGUUUCUGGCUAACCUUAAAGGGACACUGUGCAGAAAAUGGUCAAAAAAGGUACUGCAACUAUGCUGCUCAUUGAAACUGGGCUGCCUAUUAAAUUUGCUCUUUACAUUAAAGUUUACUCAGUAAUAAACAAAUAUUUUAUAGUAUGGUCCAAGUACAGUCAUUUCUGCAGCUAAAAAUGGCUAUUUUUGGAAAUUCAAAAUGGCGGACCAUGGAGAAGAUCCCCCUUUUCAUGUAUGAAAAGUGUUUUAUUUUUCCAGUCAUAAUGAAUACUUAGAAUUUGAUGCUGUUGGUAACUAUUCAUGAAAAAGGUAACAUUAGUGAAUGGGCAGCAUGAAUUCUGGAAAUAAACAACUAAAAAUCUCA